GGCGAAAUAAUCAAAAUUUUCAUCAGCUGACAUACAGCUGAAAGGUGUUUGCAUAGAAAACUAAAUAACAAUGGAUACUCAAUCCAAUCCAAGUUUGAGUCAAUAUUUUGCAGACGAUCCGCCAAGCUUUUUUGAUGGACUGGCCAACAACAGCAGUACACAAAAUGACCAGGUGGACACUGCGACCGGCACAGCACCAAUACCACCGCCACGUACACAACAAAAACCGCAACCAACACCAAGCAAUUUGACCGCAAAUACUUUUAGUGGUGCAUUUAAAGCACCAGAAUAUAUAGAAAAUCCUUCAGAUGGUGAAGAUGAUCUUAAAGUAUCCGAUUAUGUACGAAAUUUUUGGGAACCAGCAACUUGUGAGCAUAGCGGCGUACGCCCACCAUUGCUAACUACACCAGGCAUACAAACUCCAAAUGAUUUGCCCGAUCUCAUUGCUGAAGCUGUGGUUAGACAUUUGAGUGAAUCUGAAUUGGAGCAACGCAAUAUACUUGGUACGGACAAUGUAACGCAGGAUGAACGUGGCAUACGUACAUUAAUUAGUGCGGGCUGCUAUCGCUCUGCCGUAAAUCUAACUGGACGUUUGCUAACAAUAUACGGUCAAGGUUAUGGUCGUGCCGGCCAGCCGGCCAAACACUCUCCGCAUUCAUUGCAACUAUGGUUUACACGGUUUGCGCUUUUAGCUAAAUUGGGUGAAUUUGAGCUAUUACAGGCGGAAGCAGAACCUUUCGAUCAACUCAAUCGACCAGAUGUAUACUAUGAGUUUUAUCCGGAAAUGUAUAAUGGCAAGACUGGCUCAAUAGCUUGCUUUUCAUUUCGUCUACUACUUGCUGAGCUGCCGAUUUACAUGAAUAAUCUGCCUUUAGGCAUAGAUCGUCUGUCGGAGCUUUACGUGAUAUGUAAUGAAAUUAGAAGAUAUUUCAGCGGGCGCGAACCGAAGGAAGCGGAACAAUUUUGGCGGCGUCGAGAGAUACGCGUGCUACACACCAUGGUCAACUGCGCUUUAAUAAUGAAAAAGUUCAAUUUGAUUGAUGACAUCAUACGUGGCAUGGUACUGGAAUGCAAUGAUAUAAGCAAGGAAGAACGUCGCGCUUUGUAUUCUGCAUGGGGACGAAUUUAUUUGCAAAUCGGGGAUAUUUUCGGUGCCGAACAAAAAUUUGCAGAGGCUCGUAGAAUGCGUGAAAUCAACUCCACGCCCGAUUUGCGCGACUUGGUAGACAAAGGUCUAAUUACGGUAGCGGAAAACGAUUUUCGUGGCGCUUAUGCUAUUUUCCAAAAAGCUUUGCAUUUAGAACCCGGCAAUACAAUGAUACUCAACAAUAUGGGCGUUUGUUUGCUUUAUGAAGGGAAAUUAAAAGAUGCUAUUAAAUUAUUCGAACAUGCAAUUAAUUUAAAUCCACAAAAAUCCCUAAAUGAAAGUUUACUAGUUAAUUUAUCUACACUCUAUGAAUUGGAAUCGAAUAAUUCGAAACAUAAGAAAUUAAAUUUACUACGUUUAAUUAAUAAAUAUAAACCAGAUUUGAAUAUGGAUUUAAAAGUUUGCUUAAAAUUAGAUUCGACCAAUUGAUAUGAGGCAUUUGAUAAUGAAAUUAAAAUAUUUUUGUAAAAUCUCUCAAAAUGUAUUGUUUAGAAAAAGACACAAAAGGAGUAUUUGUUCUUAGUUUAUAAGUAUUAUUCUGCGGAAAAAGAAGAAGCAAAAAAAAAAUUACAAAAACAAAUUGCCCUCCAUAAAACUAUUAAUAUGUACGACCAUAAUUUGUAAAUAUGUGGAAAUAUAUGUAUGUAACUUUAUGUUAUUAUAAUGAA